AUGGCCUCUCAAAAACAGACGGCCACACGUGGUGGUAAGAAAAAGGUCCAGCAGAGCAAUCAGCUAACCAAUUACUUUCACCCCAUCACCACCGAUCUGGUGGCUUUCAAACCGGGCUGCUACAAAGGUUUAGCCGACCGCCCUUCGGAUGCGGUGCUGGGAAACUUGGAGCUCCAGCCGAUCCCCGAAGAUGCGGAAGGCGAGGAGGAGGAGGCCCAAGAAGGGGCAAAUCAAUCGAGCUCGUCGGAGAAGGUGGGGGAAAUUGCUGACCUGGGUGCCGAAGCGUCUGAGGACACCGUAAUGGGUGACCUCGAGCCCCAGCCUAUCCUCGGUGAGGAUGAUGAGGGGGAUAAGGGAAAAGCCCCCGCGAAGUAG